AUGGCGGAGCUCACGAGCACAAAGCUCAAUGCCGAAUCCCAUCUCCUCCUCGACCAGCCGCUCCUCCGCAUGCCCUAUGAGCUCUCACGGCGCAACUUCAAAAACGCACAGCGCGCCAUCGAACACUCGACAACCGCCUUCACGACGUCGCUCAACGCCACCACCAAAGCCGCAUCCAAGGGCACUGCCGCCCCCGCCGCCACGCUCGAGUCGCUCGACACCCUCAUAACCAAAAUGCAGGGCCUCAAGCGCAAACUCGAAGGCCUGCAUGAAGAGGAAUCCCGCAUCCACCGGUCGGCCAAAGCGCGGCUGCAGCACCUGCAGGACCUGUACGGCGUGCACAGUCUCGUCGACGUCAAGUACGACGAGUGGUCGCGCACGCGCCUCAGCCGGCUGCUGGUCGACUACCUUUUGCGCGAGGGGUACGCUGAGAGCGCAGCGUGUCUUGCGCAGAGCAAAGGCAUCACUGAGCUGGUUGAUGUGGAUGCCUUUGUGGGGUGCCAUCGCAUUGAGCGCAGUCUGCGCGAGGGCAUGAGCACAACGCUCGCUCUUGAGUGGUGCAAGGAACAUGGCAAGGAGCUCAAGAAAGCGGGGAGUAUGCUGGAGUUUGAAUUGCGCUUGCAGCAGUACAUUGAGCUGGUUAGGCAGGGGCAUGAGGCGGGGUUGAGCGGUAUGGAUGGUGUUGAGACGGCGGACGAGGGCGGUAGCAUGCAUGGAGUUAGUAUUCGAGGGGGUAGUGGAGGUGGAGAGGCAAAGUUGGUCGAGGCCAGGGCGCAUGCGAAGAAGUAUCUGAGUACGAGUGGGGAUUUCAAGCUCAUGAGGCAGGCGGCGGGUAUGCUGGCGUAUAGGCCAUGGGACGAGGUGGAACCGUAUGCGUCUCUCUACUCGCGCUCGCGCUGGUCCCAUCUCGCCGACAUCUUUCUCUCCACCCACCACAACAUGUACUCGCUUCCGCCCCGACCCCUCCUACACAUUGCACUGAGCGCGGGGCUGUCCGCCCUCAAAACGCCAGCCUGCCACUCGGAAUACACGUCCUCGUCUACAAACGCCUCAUCGUCGGCCACUACCGUGUGUCCCAUCUGCAGCGCCGAACUCAAGGAACUAGCGCGCAACGUGCCGUAUGCGCUGCAUACCAAGAGUAUCGUCGAAGACGGGCCUGUGGUCCUGCCCAAUGGACGCGUCUAUGGGUCGGAGCGGCUACGUGUGUUUAACGAGAAGAUUGGGACGGAGAAAGGGUGGGUCAGGGAUCCGGUUGGCGGGUUGGCCGGGGAGAAGUGGAAGGAGAGUGAGUUGCGCAAGGUGUACAUCAUGUGAUGUCUUUUUUUCUUUGGCGGCGUGAGUUCCUUGUCUUUUUCGUUGUUUUGUAGCAGAACGGUACGGCAUGGCAUGGCAUGGCAUGGCGUUAUUGGGUGAGGCGUCACAUUCCCGGUGUGGCCCUCUUUGCUUGUGUAGCUUUUAGUCUUACGACCUCCUCUUAGCCAGUAUAUGUUUUGUUUCAAACGCGCCGUGGGUGGGGGGGGACUGGGCGGCCUCAGUCAUCGGAAUCGUCAUCACCAUCAUCAUCAUCGUCCUCUUCCUCUUCCUUUCUCUUCUUUUUCUUUUACUCUUCUUCUUCUUCUUCAUCUUCACCCCCAUCCAAAGCCCUCUUCAUAGCCUCCUUCUGACUCGGCAACCGCCCCCCUCUGCCCACCUUGCCCAGCCUCGCCAUCUCCUUCUCCUCAUCACUAUCGGCCACAAGCGGAACCUUCUCAAACACAUAGAUGCGCGCCUCGCGGUCCUCACCCUUCCACCCGCCGCCGCCCUCGA